AUGGCUUCCUCAGGACUGGGCUCCAUCACGCAUUCAACCUCUUCACAAGGUGCUGGAAUUUUGCGGCAAGAGGCUGCCGCGCUCGCACGACAGGUUAAUCGACUAUUGAACCGCCAGCUUUCUUCUGUAUGCCAGGUGAACGGCGUUAAAAGCACUGGAAUCAAGGCGGAGCUACAGGGUCGCAUACACAAUCUCAUCCAAGAGGCCGUCAACGCCAACGACCCUGUCCGCCUACAGCAAAUACGUCAGAGCGUACACAAUUCUAUCUCGAAUUCGCACGCCAGCUCUUCGCCUUCUCGAACGACUAUAUCGCACCCGCAUGGCCAUGCUUCCACUCCGACAUUCGGCUUGCCCAGCAUGUCAUUCCCCAGUACCCACAGCAGCCUGUCUAAUGGUCAGCGCUUUGGCGGAUCGCAAGCAGUGACACUCACUUUCAAGUCGAGCCCCUUCUAUCAGAUCGAGGCGCAUGUUGGUGACGUGAAGGUUUGCGAAGUCAUGUCGCAGCACCGUAACACAGUAUCCUACCCAAUCAGACUCGAAGACCAUCCUUAUCUACAGAAAUGUGUCGACGAUCCUUCAUACCGAGUGAUGAUCUUUUGCGCCGGAGAAUGCUCGGGGAUGCAAGAAGUCGCGUUCCCUCAUCAGUCAGAGCUUAAGGUCAAUGGUGGCGAGGUCAAGGCCAAUUUGCGCGGCUUGAAGAACAAACCUGGCUCUACUAGACCGGUUGACAUCACUAAAGCGCUCAGGCUCCGUCCAAAAUACACCAACAACGUCGAUUUUACAUAUGCGUUGACGUCAAAGGCAGGUCUCAGUCAAGUCAGGAUUUCCCGUCAAUCUUGGCACACCUCUCCUACAUCUCAGGGUCCGCAGUGGCAGUGCCCCAUUUGCUACAAAUCUGCCACUUUUGAUCAGCUGGCGGUUGAUGGAUAUGUAAAAGACAUUCUUGCAAAGACAUCAAAAAGCCAAGAAACUGUAACAAUCGAACCCAAUGGUGAUUGGCAUACCAAGAGCUCCGAGGACAGCAAUCAGGGUCAAACGAACGGCAACUCUUCAUAUCAAGGCACUUAUGAUGAUGAUGAUGAAGAUGACGACGACUUGGUUAUAUCAGAAGUUAACCCUAUCGGCCAUCGUCGCCUGGAAACACCCAAGAACGGUACCCCGAGCAUCAAUACACCUGGAAUGGCAGGUCGGGACAGUUCAUCUGCUGGUCCUAGAGGGUUAGCAUCUACCAGUGCCAAACGGCCAGUGGCCGCUAUCAUCGACCUCACCCUCUCUGAUGAUGAUGAUGACGAGCCAGCUCCUCCCCCCAAGAGGCAGAACACUUCAACGAACGGAUACUCGGGAUCGAACGGUCUAUCUGGUUCCUCUCCAGUUUCCCCCGACGGUCUUGGGUAUCAGUAG